ACUGUUAUGGAGAAGAAUGUUGAACGCCGAAACACGAAAAAUCUUGUUUACUUCAUGAAUUGACCUCAGCUUAUAGUUAAGAUAAUGAUGACUACCAAAUUAUAAAGAAAAAUUGCAGAUUAACAUUUUGAUUGAUCAAUAAGUAAUACAAUCAUGGAGUUAAGUGAUGAUGGCGGAGGUGACAGUGAUGUCAGGAUGCCGUCACUUCUAGGACAGUCACAACUCAAACCUAAGUUAGAUGACAUCUUUGCCGAAGUGGAGAAAAAUCUACCGUCCAUUGAUUUUGACCUAUCAGAUGUGAGUUCUGAUAAUGAAGAACCAAUCAUUUUUCACAGAAAUUUAAAAUCGUCGAUAUUUGACGAUGACAAAGAUAUGGAUACAAGCCUUGAAGAUCCAGAUGUUAUUUCUUUAAGUGGUGUCUCUUUUGAAGCUGCUGAUUUAGCAGAUAUAUAUGACAAUGAUCUAGCUUUUCAGCUCCAACAAGGUGCAGUGAUGAAAUCCUCACCUAAACCAGUUCCAACUAAAACAGUUUCAAGCUGGACUGAAAUAGUUAUGGAAGCUGAGAAUCGUCCUGAAGUUACUUCCCCUGGUAAACAAGAGGUCACCUUACAUGAUGUAGGCUGUGGUCCUGAUGAUGGGGAGGGUUUAAAUAUAAAUGAAGCUUUGAAAAAUAUGGAAAACGAACUGCUGAAUAAUCAGAUGCAGGAUUCAUAUGAAAAACAUGAAAGAGAAUCAACAGCUGAGACAGAGAAAAAGAAAAGUUCUACAUGGGAAGCUAUAGAUGUAGGGGAUAAGAGAAUGAAUAGUAUGUUGAGGAAGGAAGUACGACGAGAUGAAGAGAGAGAACUAGCUCAUAGCAUACUGUCACCUAGAGCUCCUACAUUAGUACCUCCAGGAUUUGAUCCUUCUAAUAUAGAUACAUUAUUGAACCAGUUAAAUGAAGAUAAUCAGUUUGCCCCUCCAAUCAACAGAUCAAAUCAGCAAAGAUUAGAGGCUUUGUAUGCUGCAGGGGAAGGAAAUCAAAUAGACAAUAAUGAACAAAAUCAGAAUUUGUCAUUGAUACAAAGAUUAGCACUAAUAUCCACCAGAGUAUCUGGAGAAGAUUUGACUGAUGUCUGUCCUAUGACUGGGGUUAAACAACAACAGAUUAUAGAAGAGGUUCCUCCAGUCAUUAAUAAGUGGAAACCUAUUCCUCAAUCACAGCCAGAGCCAGAGAAAAAGCAGACAUCUAGUUGUGGUACCAACACGAAUGAUAUGCCUGUUAGAAUUAUUACACCAACUGUUAAACCAACCACAAAACCACCAGUUGCAAAGAAAGAACCACCUAAGUCCAGUACAGUAUUUAUUGAUCUGAGAGAUUUUGAGAAGACGAGACAGGAACAACAACAAAGUAUAGAAAGAGUACAAAGAAUACUACACGUAUCUGGUGACAGGGACUCCAGUGAUGAUUCAGACGAUGAAGUAGAUACAUGGCAGAAACAGAGACAGAAGAUGAAAGAGUCAUUAAAAUCUAAAGGUCUACACGCAGAGGCUUUACCAAGCAAGCCAAAACCUCAUGGACCUGUAAAGAAGCCACAGAGAGUUUUGAACCUUGACCAUGUGAUAGAUAGUCGUGUAAGGACACAACCACAGACAGUAAUAGAAACAGUACAAUUAUCAGAAGAAGAUAUUGAGGCUAGACUUAGGGCUGAACAGGAGGAAAAAGAGAAACAGAGGAAAAUAGAAGAGGCUAGAAAACUCAGAGAACAGAGAGAAACAGAAAGACAAGCCAGGAUAAGAUUAUCUAAACGUUUAGAAGCUCUUCGUCCGUCAGCAGCUGUCAGUGGUAAACAAGACAGCGCUGAGGGUACACCUGUUGUGUUUGAUAUUGAAGCUUCGUACGAGCCUGCACCAAGAACUUUGCCACCGACACUGGGACAGGACCAUAAAUGUUUGUUAUUGACAAUACAUUUAUCCAGUAAUGGGGAGAUAAUUCUGCAUCGUGGUAAAAGCAGAAGUGCAGAUACAGGUGUUGGACUUUCUGCCAGUUACACAGUAUUAUUGUCAUGGUUAUUGUCCCUGGUACCACAUGACUUUACGUUCCUCCAGAAAGAAGAGGAAGAUAACACCCCACUACCAUUCUAUGUACUUGGUUUACAGCAGGAAUGUAUGGAUGAACAGUUGUGUUUACAAGUAGCUGUAGCUGCACCAAGAGACUAUGAUAAACAGAUGAAUCUCAAAACUAAAAAAUCUAAAGUUAAGGAUGAGAUGAAAGGUUGUACUGCAUUUCAACACUUUGUAACCAAAUUUCUGUCUACAAACACAUUACAUUCGGUGUGUCCCUGGCUAGUCGACAUGGUAUCAGUAGAAGUUCCCUGUUCACAGGUGGAUAGUGUCACAGAUAAACCAACAUAUGUAUAUCGUCCUCCAUUACCGAACAUUACAACGAAACCAUUGUCAACAUUCAUUCAGGUAAACCCAGAUCAACAGGCUGCUCAGAAAGUGUUCAAUUCCUCUGUGGGUUUCUUCUGGCAGACAAUUGAUAGUGAUGAAGCAUUCUGUGAUCAAAAUGUUGGGGAGGUUAAUUACGACACACAAGUGACAAUGUCAUUAAUUUACAGAAAAAUAUUCUAUGAUCCUAGGGCUAUGAUGGGAAUUUGUAACAGGAUACUACAAGAAGGAUUAGACUUAGCUGGUGUUCGACUGUUGUAUCCUACAUCGGAACUUAUUAGUCUUGCUUCAGGACCCAGUGUAUCUAAUGACAAUUCACAAACAGAUGUUUUAAACAGUAUUGGACCAGUAUUAGCUAUUAGCUUACGAGGAACAUUUGCGAGGUCUAUAUGGCUUGAUGCUGUUGGACCUUCAGACCCAGUUUUGGCAAGAAGGACUGAUCCUAAUUCUCUUUGUGCAUUAUUUGGGGGAGAAUCUAGAGAUGAGUGUUUAUUGUUUUGUCCUAGAAAUGCCUCUCGUGUUCAGACUGAACUCAGUCGAUGGUUUGGGGGACGUGUUCCACCAGGUGGCAGUGUUGAUGUAGGAACACCCUAUACACGUAAAGAUACAUAUCGAAGUGGUAGUCCCAAGGGUAGGAAAGGUAGAAAAUCUUCUUUAUCAGACACUAAAGACAAUGAUAUAAAUGCCACAAUACAUAGGCCACCAGCGGCAUUAACAGCUACAACCAAAAAUGACAUUUUCUUAGUGCUAUCACCACAUGUGCCACCUAAAUGUAUGGGUAUAGUGUUGUCCACCUGUCAGAGACGAGGGUACCAGAUCAGAGGAGUUAGAAGGAGUAAACUCAACACAAAAAAGGCUAACUUACUUGGUAUCUCUGGCGAAACUGUUCCCACCUUUUGUCCUGGAGCUUUACAUAAUGAUGGUGUCACAGACCAGUGUAAACAUACAGAAUCUGUAUAUCCAUGUACACUGAUCUUACUACAGAAAGAAAAUGCUUCACAUGGAGUGGCCAGUCUCAUAGAGGCUUGUAUGGUGCAACUUACAUUACAAGGUGUCAUGGGUACAAUACAACAACAAGCCAGUUUAUAUUUAUCUUCCAAACAUAUGUUCCAUGCAGCAAGAUAUUCUGAUUCACUUCUGUCUCACCUGGGUGGUGAUUUCUCUAAGUGCUUUGAUUUUGAUGUACAAGUGAACCCCAGUUGUAUCCUCCCUAAACUAUACACCAAUCCAGAAGUAGAACAAAUUGUUGUCCUUUUGUUGCUUGGUAACCAGAUACUGAAGUCAUGUGGUUUGUUUAUUGGAAAGUUACUUCACAUGGUGCCAUACAGUAAAACAGUAACAGUAUUGCCACUUAAAGAAGGAUUUGAAUUACUGGGAAUCAAAUGGGUACCAUCUCUAUCCAUCUCUCAGGCAAAAGAUGUGACACCUUAUGAAGUAGGAGAUAGAGGCUGGAAGGAAAAUAUCCAUACUCUUACAACUGAACCAGCACUGGUCCUUGUAUUAAGAGGCAUUAAUGCAUUUAAAAGAAUGGAACAAGUUAUUCCACGACCAGAUCCUAAGUCAGGGCACAUGGAUUAUCUGAUUUCUAGAACAGCAGAGGAGGCAUAUUCCUUCACAAGAGCAUUUUAUACUGACAAAGAACUAUAUGGAGAUCCACAUUCUAGACCACUAUUACCAUACCUACCCCUUAGUAAAGUUGUCCAUACACAGGCAGCCAAUGACAGUAUUAUAACCCGAUCUGAAGCAUUGAAGGAAUCUAUAUUCCAUGUGAUGACAUCAGGACCACAGCUAAUAACCACACUUCUUAUCAUUAAACCCAGAGCAGUGAAACGUCAUCUCCCCAAAAUAAUAAAGAAAAUUAUACAAGAGGGAUUCAGAGUUAUAGCAAUGAGGUUCCAGAUUCUACUUGAUGAGGAUAUUCAAUAUAUUCUGAAAACUGAGGAAAAUAUGGAUUCAGAGAUAGCAGAUAAAACCAUAGACUAUUUCAAAUCUGGACCAAGUUUAUGCUUAGUAUUACAAAGAGAGAAUGCUGUGAAGAAGUUAAUAGACUUACUAGGACCUACAGAUCCAUCCAGCGCUAGAAGACAAAGCCAGUUCUUAUGGAGGGGAACUUUUGGUGUAGAUACAGUAACAAAUGCAUUCCAUGGUUCCAUGAGUUAUAUCAAAGCCUUAGAAGAUCAGAAGACAUUUUUCCCAGAUGGACUUUGCUGUAAAUCUACAGAAUACUUAGACAGUGAACAGAUCCUAUGCCCAUCUGAAGACAGUAUUUUAGAUAUAAAAUAUCAGCUGAAUAGAGAAAUUGUUGUCCAUGAUCCCUCAGAACAUCCAGAUUCUCCUGAUUAUAUAUUGAUGGAAACAACAUGCCUGGUAUUGAAACCACCACUGAUCACAAUCAAAAGAGAUAGUACUUACGGCUAUGCAGAUCUUAUUGAUGGAUUAGUUACUCAUGGGUUUGAAAUAUACGGCUGCAGAAUGGUAUGGUUUACUCAGGAACAAGCAGAACAUUUCUUACAUGUUAUAGAUGCUGGCAGCUUUAAGCAGGUACCCUUGAUAACUUCUGGACCAUGUAUUGUAUUGUGCUUACAGAGAGAUAAUGCUAUCCUGGCAUUCGAUUCUAUUAUGGGAAGUGAUUAUGGUGCAGAAUCUUUGAUAGGAAAAUAUGGUGAGAUGAUCUUCAGACCAGCAGACACUAAACAGGCUCACAAGAUGCUGAUGUUUUUCUUUGACAAGUUGAUCCCUGGAGGACAGUGUGAAAUAUUAUCAAAACGUCCUACAGAAUAAGCAGUGUUUGUUUUAUAGUGAACCACAAAAACUAUUUGUCAUAUGCUUAAAAAGAGGAAUUACACAUGUUAUUUUGUUGUUAUAACAUAUUUUUUUGGGGGGCUUGCAUUUUCAUUUUUUUAAAGAAGUGAAUUUUUAAACACAGAUUGCACAGUUGAAUCCACUUAACUUAAAUAUAAAAACUCGUUCCACUAGACUCCAUUCAUUUUAUAUAUAAUUAUUUUUCUGUGUAUAUAUAAAUUAGGAAUUUUUGGUCCUCAAUGCUCUUUAACUUCGUACUUUAUUUGGCCUUUUUAACUUUUUAUGAUUCGAGCGUCACUGAUGAGUCUUUUGUAGCCGAAACGUGUGUCUUGCGCAAAUACAAAAUUUUAAUCCUAGUAUCUAUGAUGAGUUUAUUUUCAGCAGAUUCUGACUUAGAUUUGAAUUUUAUAACAUUAAAGAUAAUGAUUUCAAUAGUUUGUUGUACAUGGGUAAAUGUCCUGGUUGAGUUUAAUCUUAUUUCCUUCACUGUAUAAGGUUAUUUUAUACACGUCCAAACUACUAGAAAACAUCCAUAUUUGUUUUUUGUUUAUUGUUUUAGGCUGUUGUUUUUCUAGUUUGAAUUGUUUCACAUUUUGUCAUUCCUAGGUCUUUUAUAGCUUACUAUACAGUAUGAGAUUUGGUCAUUGUUGAAGUCUGUACGAUAACCUAUAGUUUCUAACAUCCGGGUCCUUUGGUGUCUGGUUAAAUAAAUGCUUCACUGUAUCAUUACUUUUUUGUAAUACAUAAAUAAAGGAACUACAAGUAUUGUGUUAUCUAGGAGAUUGGAAUUAAGUUUAGAGCUAAGGGAAAAUAAUGAUAUAUGCAUAAUGUUCAAUGUUAUAUACUAUUUACGAUAACAAUUUAACUGCACUAGAUGUAGAUUUCGACAUUUAAUCUCUUUAGUGAUGCUGGAGGGCCUAAAUAUGUGAAAAUCCAAAACCUGAUACAAAUUUUGAAGAACUGAUAUAGCCCAAAGGGAUAAAUAAAAAAGCAUCAUUAUGAAAUCGUGAUAUACCAUCAUUUUCAUACAGUUGUAAAGUCUGAUGGAAUUUUUUUAAUUUUUUUAUUUGAUGAUAUGAUUUCCCUUUGAAAAUAUUACAUAAUUGAAGCUUUUUUUAUUUUUACUUUUGCUAGUUUUUGUCAGAUCGGGCAUUUUUUCAAGCAUUCCUCAUUAAAUGUUCACAUGUUAUGUAAUUUAUUGAAUUCAUGUCAUAAGCCUUAUAUUUUUAUGUACAAUUAUAAUAUUGAUUACCCAACAGCAGUGAUAAAUCACAAUUCUGUUAAUGAAAAUGCUACAGUAUUAGAGGCAUUUUGAAUUGUAUUCAAGUUCAACCAAUUAUUCUUGUGGUAUUGCUAGAAAGGGGUGUCUAAUUUUCACUAAGACUAAAGCACCUUAUUUUAACAAAAAUUCCUGAAUUUAUAGAAGCAAACCGAAAAACAGGAGUCUAUAUACAUGAUAUAGAUUUAUACUGAACUCGUGCUUUGCUUUAAGUUUCUGUGACCAAUUUUUGAGAAAUGCAUAAUUCUGUUUAUGUGCUAAGGAACAAUGAUAUACUCUAUCAGCUUAUAUAAAACUCUGAUAGUAACUUCACAUAAAAUACCACCUCCGAAUUCUAUUUGAUCUUGACUGACUGCAUUGUAUUACUUUAAUUUUAUACCAUGUUAUUCACAAUUUGCACAUAAUGUAAAUUCAGAAAUUAUUGCGAGCAUUUUUUAUUGCCAUUUUUGAAGAAUGAACAAAAGUGCGAGAUUAAUUAUUGCGAUUUCAGGAAAAUCUGCAUAUAGAUAUAUAUAUCCUUACCUUAACCUUAAUUCUCUUCACGCCAGAAGUCGCAUAAGGCCUCUCAGAUAAGGUAUCAGAUAUCAAAAAUAUUGCGAUACUCAACCAGUCACAUUAUUAGCAAUAAUAAAAAUCAUGCAAUAAUUCUGAAUUUACAGUAUUUCAGUAUGCUUUAAGUAUUAAAUACCAUGAUCAUCUCAAGGAAACCUGUUGCUUAUUCUGUGAUAUGUAUAAAUAAUUUUUAUUUAUUUAUUUAUUUGUUAUUUCUGAAAUAAAAUAUUAUUUUUAUACAAAUUUAAUAUCUAUAUUUUUUAUGUAUUAUCUUGGAUUAUUAAAUGAAGAAAAGAUAUUAGCUAUAUGUAUGUAUUAUUAUGGGAACUUCUUAUUAAGAGAUUGAUGAGACAAUUUAAUCAAUUUGAAGUUAUCUUAAAAUUUGAGCUCUUAAAAUUUUAGUAGAUAAUGCUGUAAUCAUUAAAAAUAAACUACAUCUUGACUUUUGUUUUAUUAUGUCCCACCUAAGAUAGUUGGGGUAGGGUCUGAGUUUUCUGGUCUAUGCAUCUGUUUGUUGGUUCAUCCUUAUCAGGUUAAAGUUUUUUGUAAGGGAGGUUUACAAUAAAGUAGUGACAUCUUCUUGAAACUUUGCUAAUUAUAAAAAAUGUAUAGUAAAAAAAAUGCUAGGAAAGAUUGUCACAUAAAAUCUUUAUAGAAAACCCUCAAAGGAAAACUAUUAAUGAUAGAGGGUAGAUUUUCAAAUAAAUGUCGAAAGAGGUUAACAGAUAUAUUGGACAUGUGCACAAAUGAGUAAAAUGUGUAGGAGCCAGUGGCAAGAAAAGGGAAAAGGGGGGGGGAUGCAACAUCCGUUAAAAAAUUUUUUUUUCAAAUAGGCUGGUUGAAAAAAGCUAAAAAAAAAAAAGAAAAAAAGGCAUAUAAUAUGUUGGACAUCUGUUUAGUUUUACAGUUAAUUUUAACUGCUGAAUGACUUAUCUCCACUUUAUUUUGUGCUUGUUGAUUACUUCUGAAUGAAUACCUUACUAAGUUAGUUUAUUGAAAAUCUGAUACUAAUAUAAGAAAAAGAAAACAAUAAUUAAAUAGAUGCCCAGAGAAAAUCCACAACAACAUCAGAAAAUAUUAAUGGAUGCUCAGAAUAGAUUCUUAAUUUCUUUUUCUGCUACAUAUGAUAUAUUGCAUUUUCAAUCCUUAAAAACUAUAUCAUUUAAUUGUAUUCCAAUCCAUCCUUUGAGUACACAGACUCAUCAUUAGACAAUCUGCUGAGUGGUAUUGUAUUUUUCAUUUAAAUUAUAUUUCGUAAUAAUACUAUGGUGUUAGCAGAAAUCUCAGGGUGCGACAACCUAAAGUGCAUGAAAUUGAUUCCAAAUGAUGGUAGGUUGACACGAUGUUCUAUGCUGGUAGAAAGCUUUCAUAAGCUGAUAACAAUGUGUACUGUUAUAGAAAGGAUUGUGUUUCAUUUAAAUGUUUCUCAUGAUUUAACUUACUUUCAUAGCAACAUGUGUUCUGGAUAAUCAUUAUUCAAGUAUUGUAUGUUGAAUAACAAUAAAACCCAAGUUUCCUUAUUGAAACCUUGCUGAAAGAAUAGCCCAAUUAAAAGAUACUGUAAACUGCAUAAAAUGAUAUUGAACAUUUUAUUGACUAAAUUUAGAAAAUAAUGUAUGCUGUCAAAAGUUAACUCAAUAUCUGACAUAUUUUAGACUAUGUAUCUUUUAUUGAAAUAUUCUUAAUUCAACUAAAAUAUUGAUAUCUGAAUUUUUUUUUUCAUUAAACAUUGCAUGGAUUUUUAAUUUACAGUUGGUCAGUACUACAAAUUAAAAAUGUAAAAUCACUGAAAUUGUAAUACCGGUAUGGUGAUUGUUAAAUUUUGUCAUGUUGACAAGAAACUCAAUAUAUAUUAAUAAUUGUUAUUCGUAUGCUUCUGUUUUUUUUUCUAUGCUAAUUUUGUAUUUAUGAUUUGCACUGUAUGGUAAAUAAUUAAUUGUUUUAUAAAAGAUUUCAUGUAGACUUAACUGAAUGCAAACUUUUUUUUAUCAUUUUUAAUUGUGUUUUUUUUUUCUUCUCUUGAUUUCCAUCAAUUAUUAUCACUUGCACAAGAAUAUUAUUAUUUGUUGACUAGAAUUAUGACUGGUUCAGACCAGUGUUUUGGGCAUGAACUGGGUGUAGUAUUAAUAUCAAGUGGAAAUAUGGCAGGAAUUGAUAUGUAAGAUGUAUUAGAAUUCCGUAGGACAAAGCAAAACCCAGACACCUGUUGAGUUACAGGUAUGGCUGCUCAAUAUUAAGGCAUUCAUAUGAUUGAUCACAAACUGUACCCUCAUUAUUGUUCAUGUGGUAUUAAUUUUCAUGGAUUUCUCUUCGAUACAGAUGAACCACAAAUUAAGGUGUUCAACAAAAUACAAAUUUUCUACAUGGGCAAAAUGCAGAAUUUGUAAAACCAUGAAAUCAAGUAUCCACAUUUUUUUUUCUUUAAUCCAUGAAUAUUGGUAAAUAUAAAUAAAUGAAUCCACAGUAACUGCACCAGCAUCCAAAUGCAAAGGUAUUGCCACAACUUUGGUGAUCCUUGUUUCAGUUCUGAAAACUUCCAACAAAGUUAUUGUACAAGUAGGAUUCAGUACAUGGGCAACCUUUUUUUUUAAUAUCAAAUAAGUGGGAUUCAAGAUCAUCCAAAAAAAAAAUAGGAUUAAGUAUAUUGAUUAAGGGGAUAAGAUCCACCACCUAAUUUAAAUCAUUCCUCAAGUUUCUUUGUAUCAAUCCACUUUAUCAAUGAUCUCUGUUUGAACAAUUCCAUCCACUUUAUCAAUGAUCUCUGUUUGAACAAUUCCAUCCAUUAUUAUAUCUUAUUGUUUACAUUUUAUAUAUUGAGUUGUGUGAUAAAAGUUACAUAUAUUUAUUGAUAAUAAACACUUCUUGAAGAA